AGACACCAGAGGAUUCACUCAGGAGAAAAGCCGUUCGAGUGUUCCGAGUGUGGAAAAGGAUUCACUCAGGAGAAAGCCGUUCGAACACACCAGAGGUUUCACUCAGGAGAAAAGCCGUUCAAGUGUUCCGAGUGUGGAAAAAGAUUUAGUGAAAGUGGUUCUCUGAAGAAACACCAGAGGAUUCACUCAGGAGAAAAGCCGUUCGAGUGUUCCGAGUGUGGAAAAAGAUUUAGUGAAAGUGGUUCUCUGAAGAAACACCAGAGGAUUCACUCAGGAGAAAGCCGUUCGAGUUGUUCUGAGUGUGGAAAAAGGUUUAAUCAAAGUGGUCAUCUGAAGACACACCAGAGGAUUCACUCAGGAGAAAAGUCGUUCGAGUGUUCGUGUGGAAAAAGGUUUAAUCAAAGUGGUCAUCUGAAGGCACACCAGAGGAUUCACUCAGGAGAAAAGCCGUACGAGUGUUCCGAGUGUGGAAAAAGAUUUAGUGAAAGUGGUUCUCUGAAGAAACACCAAAAGAUUCACUUAGGAAAAAAGCCGUUCGAGUGUUCCGAGUGUGGAAAAAGAUUUAGUGAAAGUGGUUCUCUGAAGAAACACCAGAGGAUUCACUCAGGAGAAAAGCCGUUCGAGUGUUCCGAGUGUGGAAAACAAGUGGUUCCACCAGAGGAUUCACUCAGCCGUUCUAGUGUUCCGAAUGUGGAAAAGGGUUUAAUGCAAGUGGUAAUCUAA